AUGGGGUCCCAGAUUGACUCGGAAGACGAGUUCACGGUGCUCGUCACCGGCUUCGGCCCGUUCAAAGCCCAAUACCCCGUCAACCCCUCUUGGGAGAUCGCCCGCUCCCUGCCCGCCUACCUCCCGCCCCUCCGCGCCAGGAACCCGAAAGAGUACCCCCCGGCCUCGUUCUCGUCCACCUCCGCCGCCGCCCGGCCCCUCCCGCCCGUCCGGAUCCUCGUCCACCCCGAGGCCAUCCGCGUCAACUACAUGACCGUCCGCGCCCUUGUCCCCCAGUUCUGGGACCCGGCGACGCACCCGCGCGUCGACGCCGUCGUGCACAUCGGCAUGGCCGGCCCGCGCCUGUUCUACUCGGUCGAGCGCCGCGGCCACCGCGACGGCUACACCUUCCCGGACGUCGACGGCCACCGCCUCGAGGACGACGAGCGCCGGCGCGAGGAGGGCGAUGACUGGGUCUGGCACGGCAUGCCGCCCGAGAUCGAGACGGGGCUGGACCUGGCCGAGGUUCUGGAGCGGUGGAAGGCGCAUAGCCCGGAGGGCUCCGACCUGCGCAUAUCGGAAGACGCGGGCCACUACCUGUGCGACUUCAUCUACUUCUCCAGCCUGGCGCACCUCUGGCGGGCGCGGGAGCAUCGCCGGGUGACGUUCCUCCACGUCCCCUCGGACGCAUCCGAGGCGUCCGUCGCCCGCGGCACCGAGCUCGCCAUCCAGCUGAUCCGGUCCAUCGCCGAGAGCGAGCUGCGCCGGCGGGGCCGGGGCGGGCCCGAGGAGGAGGUCGUGGCCAAGGACGACAAGAUCGCCGUCGAGCUGCGGGUUUGA